AUGUUUACAUCAGUUUCUGCUCGCUGGGAGUGGGAAUCUGGUGCAAAUCCACACUUGAUAUCAGAUCAAGAACCACGUCCAAAACCCACAACUAGGCUCUUGAAUCCUUUGAUCGGUGAUGAUGGGAAGAUUUAUGUAUGUUUGGAAAAGAACUUGCUGGUUUUCCAGAGCAAUGGCUCCAUUUCUAGGAGAAUGCCUCUAAAUUACACAUGCAAUGUUGGUAUAACGCCGGUUCUUGGAGCUUCGAGAAAGGUAUAUCUAGUUGCAGAAAACCGAGUACUGAAAAUCAAUAUUAGGAACACCCAAACUCCUGAAUCAUCUGGGGAAGUAUUCUUGGGUCCAGAAACAGGUGUAGAAGGGAUGGAUGAGAUUAUUGGGCUUUCAGUAAGCACAUAUAGUUCUUGUGUCCUCAUUAAUAUAAAUAGAAGGGGACUCUUUUCUUACAGGUUUGAUGGAAAACUGCGCUGGAGUACUGGACCUGUAAUUAGUCGAAUGGGAUACCGUCAAGGUUGUAGGAAAAAUCUUACAGGCUGCUAUUUUGAUUCGGUCCCUGUGAUUGAUAAUUGUGAUGCUAAUGUUUAUGUUUCAAAUAAUCAAGGAGAAUUGUAUUCAUUGUCGAUUCGUAGUCCUCAUUUUAAGUGGAUUCAAGAUUAUAGUUCAUUGGGGAAUUUCACUAUUACUGCUGGAAACAACGGCCAACUGUAUCUCACUGUACCAGAUAUAGCCAUUAUUCUUGCUUUAGAUGUUUCGAAUGGAUCUGUUUUGUGGCAGCAAAGUAUAGGGCCAUUAAGUACACAAGACUCUGCACCAGUUGUUAAUGUCAAUGGUUGGAUAUCCAUUGGUUCAUUGGAUGGGUUCCUUUACUCAAUUUCACCAUCUGGGGUUCUCAAGAAAUUCCCUGGAACAGAUAUCAUGGAUGUAGCGAGUCAUGUUAAUCCUGUUCUUGAUUGCUCUGGCUAUGCUGUUUAUAUAUCUCAGACAAAGAUGGAGGGAUUGAUUAGCCGCACUAUUGGUGAAUACACUUACGUUUCAGCCAUGAAACCAGUAAAUGCCAUCUUCAAGUUGCUGGUUCCUGCAACAGGAUCUGUUUAUUGGAAUGAAAGCUAUCCUGGUGAUCUGGUUUCCUCCUACUUAUUCUCCGGGAGUGAUCUAAGGCAUUUUGUUAUGGAUGAAAGGAUGCUUCUUGCUUUUCUUUCUAUUUCAAAUACUGGCAAUCCACUGUCGUGCUUUAGCACUCGUCAGAAGCUUGCAUCAAGCUGUUCCAUGAUGGACAUGAAGCCCGUUAGCAUCGAUAAAGAUAACGACAAAGCAAGUACAUUAUUUCUUGUGCUCGAAACAAUUCUAGUGAUAAUACUGGCAGCACUGGUACGAUUUUGUUGCAUAUUUUGGAAGAAAAAGAAGGUUCAAAACCAAGAUCUUGGAAAGUUUCUUGAAAAGAGAUGUUCACUUCAGCUUCAAAAGAAGGUAUUUGAUAAGACCAUCCGGGAGCUUGAGGAAAAAGCAUCAGCAGCAGAGGGAUCAGCAGGUAACCAAGUGGUGGAAGAACUUGGAGAUUUGGUGAGAGAAAGGGAAAGCGUAGAGCGUAAACUCUCGACCACGUACAGUUUGGGGAAGGAUACGACAACCCCACGAUCAAAAUCCCUCCUCCCAGUCAGCAGCUCUGAUAAGAAAACCAAAAGCUUCUCUUCUAGAAGUGGGAAGAAAGAAAGUGUGACAAUCUUCCAUGGCUUCAGUAAUAGUAACAGCACUUGUUCUUCUUAUUCUUCUUCAGUGGAUGAAGAAAUGGAGAAAGAACUAUUAAAAGGGAAGGCUCCAAUUGAGACAGAAAACCCAUCCAGUGAUGAUGAUGAUGAUGAUGAUGAUGGCAGUGAUCAUGAGGAGGCAGUGAAGAUUGUUGAUGAUGGUGGGGGGAGUAUGAGGAGGAGGUCACUGUCUUUAACUAGGAACAAGAGUAGCAGCAGCAGCAAAUGA